AUGACAACCAUUAAUGUUGUUGUUGUUUUUUCUAUUAUAUUAGCUUCUCCACAAUCAACAUUAUCAAUAUCAUCAACAGCAGGCACAACAGGAUUGGUUAGUAGUUCAUCUCCUCAUGAAAUAUUAACACCUAGUUGGCGAAUAUUAACAAAUAAUGAUUUUGAUAAUGUAUUAAAUAUUGAAAAAAGUUCUGAUCAACAAGAAAAUGAAGAUAUAUCUGAUGAAAGUUAUAUACAUCGUCAUAUUCGUUGUGAAUUAGAACAAGAAUCUUGGAUAACAAAUUCUCCAAUAUCAAAAAAUGUUUCAUUAACAUCAAAUAGAAAAAGUGGAACACUUCAAACAUCAUUAUCUGUACCAAAUGGUUUAUCAACAACAAAUCAAAAACAGUAUAAAUAUCGUUUAACACCUAAUGGAGUUGCAUAUACAGAAACAAUUGAUACAAAAUAA